AACUAACAUCUUUAGUGAGAUCUGGACUUUAUAAUCUAGAUUUCUAUGUGCUCAUUGGAAAUUUCCAACGGGACAACCUAUUGUCAUUUCAAGAGAUGCCCUGUCAAGUUUCCUGUCUUUUAGUUUCUGAGUUGAGAAACCUCCCUCAUUCUUUCCUUUCCAUCAUCCAUUUAAUCUCACUCUCUCCACCUCACCUUAAGUUAGGUAACUGAAUGGCCUGUUUGGUCUCCCAGCCUCCAAUCUCCUUCAAAUCCAUCCUUCCAAAUCCCAUACUGGACACUUAGUAGGUGUUAAAUAGUGGGAAGACCACAUUGAUCAAUUCAUUCUAUAAGGCUGUAUAAAUAAUAGGUAAUGUCCCCACUGAGAAAUAUUAAUGACAUCUUCCAUAGUUUCCAGAGUCCAGUGGAUUUCUAUUUUUAUCACCACUUCACCGCCAGGAGAAGGCAGAUCAGAGAGCCUCAUUUUAUUCUAAACUAGUCCCGAGGGUAAAUGAGGUCUUAAGACUCUGGCAGAAGGAUCUGGAGAACACAUCCAGGACACUUUUCUUACCAUCACAAUCAAGGGGCUGCCUACCUGCCCCAAAGUCUGGUUUCCUGUACUCAGGCUCAGAUUUGCUGGUGAGGAAAAUGUCCGAAUGAUUAGGUCUUUUACGAGUGCCUAAGAAUCACCCACGACUCAGCGCUGCAUUUCCGAUUUAAUAGGUUCAGGGUGGGCCGCGAGUUCUACAUUGGAAAUGAGUUCCCCGCCCCAUGAUGAUGUGGGGGCCGCACCCUGAGAGGCAGCUGAGAACCGGUUGACUUCACAAACGGCCUCUGACUCCUGCCCCCAGCCGCUCCAACGCUCCAGCCGCCGGCGUAUCCAUCUCUGCCGCCGUCGCCAGCCCGCCCCGCCAGGCGCGGCGGCUCCCGGCGAGUUUUCAAACAAAGUGUAGUAGGGUCCUGUGGGGCCACGACCAACCACUACCUGGUUUCACCUUAGGCCAGCCCUAGUGACUAGGCCCUCCACUUCGGUAUCAGAGCUGUAACGCAGCCUCCCAUUGGCUCUACUCAGCACUGUUCGGCAGGCACUUCCAAAAGCUCUGAGGAUUGGCUAAAGCUCUGGACCCUGCGGCCAGUUGGCGGGUAGGAUCACGUGAGAAGGGGCGUGUCCCACAUGGGCCCCGCCUCCCUCUGCGCCAUCACCCCUCCCCAUCCAUUUCCGGCGGUCAGGCGCCUUGAGGUUCCGCUAGGGUUCCGUCUCUCCUCUCACCUCUCCCUGGAGGGUUGGAUGUGGCCUUCGUUGUGUUGGGAGACCAGAGGGGUCUGAGGUCAUUUCUGAACUUUAAGAUAUUCAUGAAUUUUAGGACCCAGAAUAGCAUCGCGAGCUUUUUUAAAAUUUUGCAUUUUAACACUUUAACUUUUAGUUAAAGCCCAAUUAUUUAACCUUCACCAGUGUUUCAUCAGAGAAUUUAACGUAAAACAAAAACAAAACAAAACAAAAAUACAAGGGUUAUAAUCCAAGAAUAAAGAACAGGCCUUUAAAUCAAAUAUUUUUAAGUCAGGUUAAUUUGUUCUUAUUUUUCUCAUUUGACUGGAGAUGGGAGAAGACCCCAGAUCACUAGGUACUCAGAUCUGAAAUGGAGCAUCUCUAGUUGGGCUACACUGCAUGAUUAGGGUACAAGCAGGCAGGGGAAUUUAAUUUCUUGGACUAUCCUGUCAUUUUGAAGACUGAAAGUCUUUCCUGCUACAUGAAAACGAUAAUAAAAAUAAUAGCUAAUGUUAAAUUCUUACUAGGUGACAGGUGCGUGCUAAGUAUUAAAUGCUCUCAUCCCGUGUCUGAUUAGAAUACCAGUGCAUAGAAAGUUUUUAUAAUUUGCCCAAGGUCACCCAGCUAUUAAAUGCUGAAGAGGAGAUUCAAAUUCAGUCAGUACUCUUUAGAGUCAGUACUACUGUUGUUAAUGUAACAGAUUACAUAUGUCUCUGCCCCCAGACUCUUUUUAUUCAACAACUUAGCAUUUGGAGGUCGAGUCAGGAGAUGAUAGCACAGUCAGCCCUCCUUAUCCACGAGCCCCACAUCUGCAGAAUCAACCAACCUUGGAUAGAAAAUAUUUGGGGGGGGGGGAAGACCUCAAUCUGUACUGAAUAUGACAGACUUUUUAUAAUUAUUUCAAAAGCAAUACAGUAGAACAACUAUUUACAUAUCAUUUGCAUUGUAUUAGGUAUUAUAACUAAAAAUGAUUUAAUUUAUAUAGGAGGAUAUGCAAGAUUAUGUGAAAAUAAUAUGCCAUUUUAUUAUUUAAGAAUCUUGAACAGCUGUGGAUUUGGGUAUCCAAGAGAGUCCUUGGCCAAAUCUGUGUGAAUAUGUAGGGAUGACUAUAUCACUUUUUUUUGCCACAUCAUUAUUAUGCCUGAAAUUUAAUAGGAGAUAUUGAUAUUUCUUUUCCAAACUCAAUGUGUUUUGUUUGAUUUUUACAAAUAUUUGACUUGCUCAUGUUAGAAUCUUGAAUUUUGCUUUAGCUUAUUUGAAUGUUAUAUGUUAAGUUUUUUUCUUUGAUGCCUCAAGUUGUAAAGAGACAUAGGUAUAGGAAAACAUAUUUAAACACUUAAAAGUCUCCUUUGACUCUACUUUCCCAAGUGGGAAGAUGACGUUCUUCCUCUAAUAAUUUUAGUGAUCUUAUUGAAUAUGUCCCCAAACAAAUUCAUUAAAGCACAGAAUUCCCUAUGACCCUCACUUCCUAGAAACAAGUGAUGACUAUAGACAUAUUUGAGGGUAGAACCUGUUUCCUAAUUUAUCUUGCUCUAUGAACUCCAUGAACAAUAACUGAAUACCCAGUAUUAUAAUCUUACAUGUGAAGAGCACUUCUGAAAUAUUUUUUUAAAAUUUCUUUAAUAGCAUCGCGAACUUUUUAAAAAUUUUGCAUUUUAACACUUUUAGUUAAAGCCCAAUUAUUUAACCUUCACCAAUGUUUCAUCAGAGAUAGACACAGAACCUUUAUUUUAUUUAUGUUUAUGUGAUGCUGAGAAUCAAACCCAGUGCCUCACAUGCUAGGUGAGCACUAUACCACUGAGCCACAACUCCAACCCCUCUUCUGAAAUAUUAAAAAGGAAAAUCCUCUAGUUUCUUCUCUCAGUGGUGGGCAUGACAAAAAUUUUUGAAAAAUUGUAAAAUACGAACUCUACUUUUUCUCAAGGUAAACUCAUGUAAACAAUUGAAGAAAUUAUUUUUGUGGUGGCAUUCUUUUCCUAAAAGACUUAAGUCAUUAAUCAGCCAUGAUUAAGGAUCCCUACAUUUUCAAAACAGAUUUAGUUAUAUUUGAAGUGGCUGGAAACCAAUUUGGAGCAGGUUUAAGAUGGCCUCAUAACAGUUUGUCUCAUGCUUGAAUGGAUUGGUAUAAUAGAAGUAUAAACAUGAAAUAAUAUAGAAGGAAAGUUUGCAAAGAGGAUUCCAAAGAGGUACCUACUGGAUCUUUAAAAAAGAAGUAAGCUUAAAGGUCAUAAUUAAAAUCUUUCUAGGGAAACGAUAAUGUUCAGUGGUAAGAUCAAAAACCACAUUACUGAAAUGUAGCUGCAGCAUUUAACCUACUCAAUUGCCAUUAAACUGGUAACUGGUGAAACAAAUAUUGUGGGUUGAAUUUUAAUUCUAAUAUGCUUAGCAAAACUGAAUAACAGUAUAUCUCAUCUAUAGGGAUACAAAGCUGGAAUGUACUAUACUAUUGAAAAUGUGUUCCUCGUCACUAGUAUUUAAUUAAUUUUGAGGUGCACUACUAUAUUGAUGAUGCCUGUAUGAUCACAGUCCACACUCACAAUGAACCCAUCUAGUAGGUAUUUUUAAUGUUCUCACUGUACAGGGGAAAGUCAGAGAACUUUUAUAGCUGGCUUGAAUGCCAAAGCCAGGUCUCACAGUCUGCCUUUCUGGCUCCAGGUUUUGAGAACUCUAAAAGUAUUGCUUUCUAUCUGAAGAAGAAGAACAUUUCCCAUCCUUCUCUUUACUCACCUGCCUACACCAAGUAGACCUAACUUCCCACAUACAGGUACACUUUUAAUAAGCAACAUUUUCUAAAUGUUCUUCUAAAGGAUUUUAUUUCCUUUAAAGAGGGAAUAAAGAGAAAGAACUUGGAACUACAUCCUCUGACAUAGAACAUUUUAAUUUACAAAUUAAUUAAUCAAUUAAUUUCUCCAUUGCUAAUCCAAUCAUUGUGCUACAGACCACAGAUGUCCAAGUUAAGGCCAUUGAGCUAGAUCCAGAUCCAGCCAACUGUUUUGGGUUUUUUUGUUGUUUUUGUUUGGUUGUUUUUUUUUUUUUUACAGCCCAAAGGGCUAAGAAUGUUUUUUACAUUUUAAAACAUUAAAAUACAAAUGAUAACUUAUGACUUGAAAUUCAUCAAUAGUGAACAACUAAUGUACAUAUACAAGGACCUUUAAUGAUAAUUUGUCAGUAUGUAUUCAUGAAUUGUAACAAAUGUACCACUCUGGUUGGGAUGUUGGCAGUCUGGGAAGCUUGCAUGUGUGGGGUAGGGGAUAUAUGAAAAUCUUUAUAGCCCCUCUGCUUUGCUGUGAAACUAAAACUUCUCCGAAAAUAAAUGCUAUUAAAAAUAUGAAUGAAAUUGAAAUUCAGUGUCCAUAAAGUUGCAUUGGAAAACAGCCACCCUCAUUCAUUUAUAUAUCAUUUAUGGCUGUUUUUACCCUAAAAGAAUAAAGUAGUUGAGAACAGAAGGACCCAAAAGCCUAAAAUAUUUAUCUAGGGAAGAAUGUUUUCUAGCCAUUCAGUCCAUCAUAUCUAGAAUAUAUUAAGCUACUGGUUGAGAGUGUUUCUUUAAUCCUUCCAUUUCUACUUAAUAGUUAUGAAGCUUUUGCCAAGUUUAUAACUUUGUUAGCAUCAGUUUUUUUCAACUUUUAAAAUGAACUAAUACUUUUAGGACCAUUUAAGGGUUAAGUGGAUUAAUACACAUAAAGCACCAAAUACAUGUUACCAAUAAUUUAUUUUUAUUUUGAGGUUCCACUUUCCUCCUAGGGCCUUCCAUUGGAAAAUGUUGUUUAUUAAAAGUAUACCUGUAUGUGAGAAGUUAGGUCUAAUUUGGUGUAGGUAGGUGAGUAAAGAGAGGGAUGGGAAAUGUUGUUCUUCUUCUGGGUAUACUUCUCUCAUCUAUUUGAAAUAUGCAAGGGACACAUUUGUCUGACUCUUUAUCUACCAGGAGCUCUGACAUGAUAUGGUUAUUUCCUGUUUCUGUUUUACCAUCCAAUUUAUCCUUUUUGAUAGAAAUUAGCUAUAUAACUUUAUCUUCCAAAAUGAAAAGUUGUCAACAUAGCAAGUCAAGAACCAAUUUGUCUUUUUCAACACCAGAUUUCUGACAUUUAUGCAUUUCUAAGUAUCUAUGCAUUUAUCCAAACAUUUUCGAUAUUCCCAAAUUCUUAUAAAGCCACAUUGUUAUCUAAGCUUAUUUCAUAAAAUUGCUGAAUGACAGUAAAAAAUUCGAUUGAGUCACUAUUCUGAAGAUUUUUAUUUUGUACAAAAAAAUGUUUGCACUAUUAAAUAAGAAGUUCAGAAUAGAUUAGAAUUCCAAAGGCCAAAAAGUGCCCGUUCAUAAACCUCUUAAUAAGGUUCUGUUAUUUCAUUUAAUAAGAUAGCUAGAUUAAAAUAACAGCCAUUAUGUGUUACAUCUUUUCCUGAACAUAUACCCUUUCCUCUACAUUGUUAUCCAUUUUAGGGGCCAAGACAAUGAGUCAUUCUUUGGAUUUUUAAAUUUCUUCAACUCUACUAGCUGGUCACUUUGGGCAAAUAAUUUUAUUUUUCUGAGGCUAUUUAUUAUUUUGUAAAAUAGGAAUAAUACUAGUUGCCUGACUGAGCAGUUUUAGGAAGCAAACAAAUAGUCCAUGGAAAUAAUUAGUUUUGCGUAAGACACAAUGCUUUUCUUUCCUUCAUUACCUGUCAAUCCCAUAAAAUGGAUUUGCAAGCAAUUUCCAUUUCAAUUCAGUCAUGGAAAUUAAAAAAAUUCUUUUUCCAUCCUGAAAUUCAGGAUCUCAGCUUAUCAGUGUCAAAGCCCAGGCCAGCUACCUCUUCUACCUCAUGUGACUGGUUGCUGUGCAAGUGACCUUUGUGCUGCUGGGCAGUGGGUAAUGUGUUCUUCACCACUAGAAUGAGUCUUCUUGGAAAUUUGGGUUGCAGUGGGGAGAGCUCACAAAUUGUUCUUUGCCUUUAGGUAUCCUGUUCUUAUUAACUGCUAGUUUCCAGAACUUGGGUAAAAUCUCGCAGUUAGGGCCAGGACUAGGGCAAGGCAAAGUGAAGUGUUUUGCAAAAUUUAGCUGGCACUCACUCUCAAGGAGAUGCAAGAUCUGAAUAUGUAACUUUUUCUUCCUAUCUGCUGUAUCAUGAAAAAGUUUGGCCCUAUUAAAGGAAAAAAAAAAAAAAGCCAUACUCACUCUGUACUCACUAUCCAAAGAUGUGACCAAUUGUCUUAAGUAAAGAAGGGAGGAUUGAGGGUGGAAAAGAAAAAAACGUGUUAUCUUGGUCGAUUUUUACCAAACUCCCUUGCAGUGCAUGUUGGGGCUUCAAUGUCCAUCCUUCACAGAUUCUUGACGUGGAGGAGGUCCCACCAAAGAUGGCACUCGAAUGUUCAAAGCAAAGUGGGUACUUUUCAGGGUUUUGCUUGGUUUGGUAUCGCUUUUGUCCUUAUUCUUGGGCUUCCGAAUCUGGGGUUCUGUCUCCCCCGGUUGUUAUCCUAGCUCUUGCCCCAGAUCACCGCCCCUUCUAACCCGCCGGAGUCCAGCCUUUCAAAAAUUGAAUUUGGGGCAGGAGGGCUCCUGAGCGCAGCUGUCCCUGGAGCCGGCGGCGGCGGCGAGCCACCUGGCUACGACUGUGAGCGCUGGGCGCAGGGCAGACACCUAGACGCCAUGUCUGUGGAUACGACCAGGUCCUUGGGGAAAGGAAGCUGUCCCCCAGGGCCAGUACCUGAAGGUACAAUCCGCGUCUACAGCAUGAGGUUCUGCCCCUACUCGCACAGGACACGGCUCGUCCUCAAAGCCAAAGGCAUCAGACACGAAGUUAUCAACAUUAACCUGAGAAACAAGCCUGAUUGGUACUUUACAAAACACCCUUUUGGCCAAGUUCCUGUCCUGGAGACCAGCCAAUGUCAACUGAUCUAUGAGUCUGUCAUCACAUGUGAAUACCUGGAUGACGCUUACCCAGGACGGAGGCUCUUCCCAUAUGACCCUUAUGAACGAGCACGCCAGAAGAUGUUAUUGGAGCUAUUCUGUAAGGUCCCACAGUUGACUAAGGAGUGUCUGGUAGCGUUGAGAUGUGGGAGAGAAUGUGCUGAUCUGAAGAUCUCCCUGCGUCAGGAAUUCUGCAACCUGGAGGAGAUUCUUGACUAUCAGAACACCACGUUCUUUGGUGGGGACCACAUAUCCAUGAUCGAUUACCUCCUCUGGCCCUGGUUUGAGCGGCUGGAUGUGUAUGGGAUAGCUGAUUGUGUGAAUCACACCCCAACGUUACGGCUCUGGAUAUCAGCUAUGAAGCAGGACCCCACAGUCUGUGCUCUGCUCAUGGAUAAGAACGUUUUCCUGGGCUUCUUGAAUCUCUAUUUCCAGAACAACCCUAACGCCUUUGAUUUUGGACUAAUUUGCUGAGGGUCAUGGUCCCCCAUUCAACACCCAGAAUUCCCAGCGCUUUGUGAUUCUGCAUCAGGGAUUGUCUCAGGAGUCAAUCCGUCUCUCUUCCUUUUCUUUGAGGUUCCCAAUAAAAAUGGAAACAGAAAAUG